AUGGGUGACGCUGUACAAGAAAUCAACGGAAAUGUCCCAGCCGCAGUUAUCAAAAACAUCGAUCUCAGCGCCAUCUUCUCCGAAAACGUCCUCGCCAAAAUCAUCCAAGUAGCCCAACGAGGCCUAAAGAAACCAGCCCCCUUACCUUCCUACCCCCACACAGUCCCCCAAACAGGCCCCAAUGCCGGCCGCUACGAAGAACGCGAGGCCCUCUUCUGGACCUGCGGUUUCUUCCCGGGCAGCAUCUACACCCUGCUAGAACGCUGCAUGAAAUACCCACAGUCCCUCUCCGUACCCCCUCAACUCCGGCCUACAAUGCAAGAAUACCUCUUGAAACUCGGGCGCCACCACAGCGUCGCCAUAGCCCAAAUGUCGCGCCGAACAGACACUCACGACAUGGGCUUCAUCGUGCAACCCGCCCUGCAGCGCGACUGGGAACUAACCGGCAACAAAGCGAGUCUAGACGCCGUCAUCAAUGCAGCCGAGGCCCUCGCAUCGCGGUACGACGAGCGUGUGCAUGCGAUUCGGAGUUGGGACGGUGCCGUCAACGAUCGCUACAGCAUCACCGACAUGCAGGAAAACUUUCUCGUCAUUAUAGAUAGCAUGUGUAAUCUCGACCUCCUUUACUUUGCCGCUCACACAACUUCCUCCCCCCAUCUCUCCCACAUAGCAACAACCCACGCCAACCGCAUAACCCACGAAAUCCUCCGCGAAGACUAUUCAUCCUAUCACCUCGUCAACUUCAGCCCAAGCACGGGGCUCGUGCAGGCUAAAAUGACGAAUCAGGGCCAUGCGGAUGCGUCGACGUGGAGUCGUGGGCAAGCAUGGUCUGUAAUGGGCUUCGCACAGACGUAUGCGUGGACCAAAGACGUAGAGUUUCUUACUACGGCGAUUGGAUGUGCAAGGUAUUUCUUGAAGAGAUGCGAGGAGGGCAAGGGCGAGUGGGUGUGCGAGUUGGUCCCCAGGUGGGAUUUCGAUGCUCCGAUUGUGAAAGGGGUGGAGGAGGAAGAAGAGGAGGAAGGGGAAAGUGGCCCGCUGAGAGAUGUAUCCGCGGGUGUGAUUGCCGCGAAUGGGUUACUGAUUAUACAUCAGGCAUUGCAAGGGUUGGAUGCGAAGACUGCGGCGGAAAUGGCGGGUGGAGUCGAUUUUCUGGAGACGGCGCUGCAGAUUGUCGCGCAGACGAUUGAGUAUGCGUAUGAUGGGGAUUUGGCACUGUUUGAAGUGCGCGGCGAGGGAAAGGUGAAUGGGGGUGCGAGUGGUGGGGAGGAUGUGGUGGUCAAGGAAUCGUCGUUUGAUGGCAUACUGCGACACAGUACGACGAAUUGGAAUGAGCACGCGCACCAAAAGUACAAGGAUCAUGGGCUGGUGUACGCGGAUUACUAUUUGCUGGAGUUUGGAAAUAAGCUGUUGAGGGCAGGGCUAAUUUAG